UGAUCGACACGUCAGCAACAUGUAUAGAGACUGCGAGUCACAUGAAUGUCAAGCCCUCGUCCAGCUGCUACUUACGGAGUACAUACUGCUGACUCCCCCCAAAGUGCAACCUCCCCUUCUCAGCCUCAAAAUCUUCUAGCUCUUACUAUAAGUAUCAAUGGAACGCGUCCCCUUUUUUCAGAGUCAUCGGUUGAUAAGUACUCGCUACUAUGGACCAUCUUAUCUUACCCAGCAACCCGGCUGGAUUUCGGUUCGAAGUUCCCAUCCUCAGCAUGACUAAUUAUGAUGGCGGCGACUUUCUCACUUACCCCAACCGUCAGGGUUGGGGUCCCUUCACUGUGGCUGAAUGGCAGGCGAUUUUCGAUGACCCCCCCGACGACUUCCUAGCGUUUCUUCAGCGGUGGCUAUAUUUCGGCCUCAUCCAUGUGAGGCUAUGCCCGAUUGAUGUCAAGACCGUAUUUCUGUCCCAUAAACGCGACCAGUCCGGUCUCCCAAUCCUUACUACACAACUGCUGCCGGCAAUUGCUUUACAAGCCGUCGAACGGACAUCAGGCAACGAUGAUCAUGGAGUCUUUGCACUCCGACUAUGCUAUAAUAUACAUUCUAAUUUGCAAGGCGAGUGGGGACACAGAAGGAAUGAUCCCGAGUCCCUGCAGUCUGUUGAGAGCUUGUAUGCAUUUAUUAUGGCUGAAGGCCCUUCUGAUCCUCGACACCCAGACCAUGUACUGGCAAACAUGGUACUCCAUGAUUUUGGCAAUAUAACUACUCAUUGGUCUCCUUCGGGACCUAAUGAAAUAAUGAACCAAUCGCUAAAUUUUCAUCCGGACACCAGCAGGCCUUACAUGUGGAUGGCUUUACGGCAACGCGGCUGGUGUCCUUCUGAUAUUAUGCCUAUGACGAAGCUUUUUACUGUCUCUGCCCUUAUUUUCAUAGCGAAUCUAACACCAUCGCCAGUUGGAGAAGAGCAUCGUAUGAUUAAUAUCAGCAACAAGGAAGGAUACAAACCAUCCAGUCAGAGGCUAUGUAAUGAGCUCAGUUGUUCACCCCGGCAGCUCUCAGAUGAUAUAUACAAAACAAAGCAUGUGGAUGGAUGCCCUGGGUGCGAUGAUAUUAUUGCAGACCCUACUACAUCCCUCAAUCGCGGCAGGAUCCCUCUCAUCGUGUCUAUUGACCCUGGAGAUGACAGCGCCUACGUUGAGCUCGUUGAUGCUAAAAGCGAUAUGUCUUAUAUUGCCAUAUCCCAUGUGUGGUCAGAUGGGCUCGGAAACGUUGAAAGAAACGCACUUCCAAGAUGCCAACUACUUCAUCUGAGUAGCCUUAUACGUAAUCUGCCCGGGAAAGCCGCAGAUACCGUCCUGUUUUGGCUUGAUACAUUAUGUGUCCCCCCUGAUGCAGCCGACCAAAAGGAGGCACAAGAUACCGCUUUAAAGAUGAUGCGACAGGUGUACGAAAACUCUACCGCAGUCCUGGUCUUGGACUCUUGGCUAAUGUCCACGACUUGCUUUCAAAUGAGUGACACCGAAUUACUCGUGAGAAUCUUUAAUGCCGCAUGGAACCGACGCCUGUGGACUUAUCAGGAGGGCGCUCUGGCGAAAGCAAUAUUCUUUCUAUUCAGGGAUGAUAUUUGUGAUCUGGACUUGACUUUCCGACGCUGUAAAGCUUCUUUAGAUAUCACCACAAGUACUACAAUCUGGCCCUCUCUGGCCGCAAAAUACGACAGCCUUCGAGGGUUUCGAAUGAUUUCCUCUGAUAGAGAAGAAGCGCUUCCGGCCGUGAUGACAGCUGUGGCAUUCCGGAGCACGAGUCAGGCUUCUGAUGAAACUCUGUGCUUGGCUGCACUGCUUAACCUUGACAUGGAACCGAUAUUGAGGGAGAAAGAUGUACUGUCCCGAAUGGAGCUGUUUUGGGCUAUGAUGGAUUCCGUUCCCCUCAAUAUCCUGUGUUACAUGGGAGAUACAAUCGACAAGCCCGGUCUAAGAUGGGCACCACGCACGCUGCUUCUCUCGGCAUCCAAUAUUAUGCAACACACGGGCGAGUAUUUCCAGCUUCCCGGUAAUUAUCAACAUCUACCCCAUGGAAAACCAUCCUCCCGUGGACUACGGGUCCAACUUCGCGGGCGUGUGUUUGACGUUUCCGACACGACGCUCACAAGCUAUUUUUACCUAAUCGAAGAAAUGGGGAGAUGUCAACGUGUCGUCUUCCAUUGCAAGCGUAAGGUUUGGCAGUAUUCCGAAGCGGUUAUUUCAGAUACUGGUGUAGGACGACGUGAAGUGAGAAACAGUAUAAAUCCAAAGCAAGCAUUCGGGGCAACGAAAGUGGCCCUUCUCUCGUUCAUGGGAGUGGAGAGCAUGAUGGAGGACGUGGGCAUUCUUGUUGCCAUUGUCGAAGAGAGCGAAGGUAUAAUAUAUGGGAGAAAGUUAGGUUCUGUAGUUUGCCGAGAUGAAUCAACGCGUAUUGGCGACUUCGAAGGGCUUGGUCCAGGCAUGACAGCCCGGGUUAGGAAUAGGGGGACUGAUUUUCUCUAUGGGGCUUAUGUUGAGAAAAAAUAUGACCGGCAAUUGUGGUGCAUUGAGUGAUGAUAUCUUCCAGAUUACUCAGAGUUAGCUCUUCCCAUAGAGUCAUUUCGUAUUCCUUGUGUGUGUCCUCUUUUCCUUUCUCGGCCGUAGGUUCCAUCCGACUACAGUAUAGAAAUAAGCAUCAGAGUUGCGGUACCACAGGACUGACCCUAAGGGGUUAUGAGGUUGAUUUAACAAUGAGCCGACGUCGACGCUGUAUGGGCCUACUUGUAAAAGACGAUGUACCAUAAAGCAUGUAUUUGACAUGGCACAAGUAUAGCUAUUCCUGAAGAAU